AAGGCAUGGCCACCACAAUAAGUCCAAUGGACCUUUUUGCGAUGGCGCUCUAUUGGGUCCUCCCAAAAUUCAAGGGAACAAAUGGCUAAAAUUAGGUUAAUUGUGUAUUGCUUGUUGGCCAUUUGUCCUUCCCUGCUUGUCAUUUUUAGCAAAAAUACUUCAGUUAAAUAAGUGAAUGACAUGCUCUUUGCUGUAUUUCCCUGAAUUUUGACUCAGUGGCCUCCACCCAAACUAUGAUGUCCAUAUUGUAGUUUUUUCAAAAUCACUCUACAGAACCAACCAUGAGCGAGUUUGACUCAGAAAUACCAUUACAUUUCAUAAACAACAGGACGAGGAGAUGUCCUCGGACAACCUUGCCAGCUUUAUUCUAAUUUAGCUUCUUCAUACUAUUGGAUUCCUAUCCAUCUUCUCUGACCGCUAAAUGUAUAAACAAACACAUUUAAUUUUUCUUAUGAGUACCUGCAUUGACCACCUCAAGUGCAUUUCAGACUGCACCACCCAAAUUUCUCUGUACAGUGAACAACAUCAGCAUGCCGUUACCUCUGCGUCCAAGACGCCUAAUUUUCCCGCCAGAUGCACAGUUCCAAAUAAUGUGCGUUUUUGGGACGCAAGGAAAUUUCUCAGUCAAAAAAAAAAAAACAACGGUAAAUAUUUUUUUUUCCAGCAACGAUCGCAGUUUGACAAAGAUAAUUGCCAAGUUGUGUAACGUUAAAACAAGUGUUGCGAAAAAAUAAUUGCACAGAUAUGAACUCAAACACUGAACCAUGGGAUGAAAUCAGCAAAUCUUGUAAGCUUGAAUGAUUUAAUUUUUUGCAUCAUUUGUUUAUAAGAAAUAAACCUAUUAUCAAUAUAUAUUGUUGUUGUUUGUGUUAUUAUCAUAUGCAUUUGAAUAGACCACUUCAGAAUUCGAAAUUUGGGACUCUCUAAAUGCAUAGUGGGACUCAUACUUUUCUGAUCAGUGAGUCCCUGGGACUUGCAGGGCUCAAACUGUAAAAUUAUCACUGCAACAUAAACAUAAAAAUAGAGAUGCCAAAGUAACAGAUCGCCAUUACUUUGUGUCACAGCAAUAAUGAUAAUGUUUGAAGUUUACCACCUCCGGAAACUCAUUUUUCUGACCGAUGCAUGAAAGCCAAAAUUGGGUGGGAAAGCCACCAUUUGUCAUAUGAGUCACAUUUUGCUGAAUGUAUAAAGAACACAAACAGGAUAUUCAUAGCUCAUAAUUACCCCCCCCCCUUCCCCCCAUUUCCUUUUACUGACUGUUGAGCCCAUCUCUCCAAUCAUAUAUGAUACUCAACCAUAGCUUGUUUGAGUUAUUCUGAUAUAUCUGUGAACUCAACUCAACUGGAUUUAUAGAGCACUUUAAAACAACCACCGCUAUAUGGAGCAAAAUGGGGCAUAAAUGAUUGCUUCAACAACAAACAAUACAUUAACGACAAAGAGAAAGCACCAAAACAGUAAAACUAAAAAUCAUGUCUCAUGCUCAGUCAAAAGCCAAAGAAUCAAAAAUUAUUUUUAAGAUGAGUCUUAAAGAUGGGCAGAAAGGAGACUUGACGAACGUUCAGUGGGAGGUCAUUCCAAAGAGAGGGACCAGCAAUGGAAAAGGCUCGAUCCCCUCUGAGCCUCCGCUUACUUUUUGGUAACUCUAAUAGUGUCUGGUCUGCAGGUGCAUAGGGGCAGAGGAGCUCAGAGAGAUAAGGUGGGACCAGGUGUUUUAAGGAUUUGUAAACAAGGGAGCCAGUGAAGAGAUGCCAGAGUAGGAGUUAUGUGCUCACCUUUAUGAGUACCAGUCAAGAGGUGAGCAGCAGCGUUUUGGACCAACUGGAGAUGCUUAUUGGAGGAUUGGGCGACUCCAAAGUAAAGUGCAUUUCAGUCAUCCAGCCGGGAUGUGAUGAAGACAUGACUUACUGUCUGAAAGUGCUCUUUCUUGUUUUCAUUGAAGUUCAACAAAUAACAGUGCCAUCCAGGUCUUGAUUUCCUCCACACAGGAUAAAGAAGGCCUUGAUGAGAAAAAGUGAAAGAGAAGCAGGUUUUUCUUGAUAAUAUAAAACGGAUUCUAAAGCUCUGACUCAAGUGUUCCAUUGCAUUUACUAUUUUUAACAGUCCACCCGCACAUUCCUCUUCUGCUCAGCCUAUCGCUGGGGGUAACCAGGACACACCGACACCCCCAGAUCCAUCCAUGGCUCAGACUUACACAUCAGCCCAGUUUGCCCCUCCUCCCCAGAAUGGCAUGAACACAGAGUUCACUGCUUCACACGCUCACCCACAUGCACACUCCCAUCCACAUUCACACCAGCAGCCAGCACCUCAAGACUACUCCGGGGUUCAGACGUCUGUCAGCGACCAUCCACUCAACAUCUACCAGUCGACACAGAGCCACAGUGACCAGAAUGGAUCAGACAUCGCCAGUCAGGCAGUCACUGGCACAGCUACACAGACAGAUGAUCCAGCACAGACAGAUAGUCAUCCACCAACACAGACUGCACCUGAGAGCACAGACACCAAGGCCCAACCCAAAAGACUUCAUGUCUCCAACAUCCCAUUCAGGUUCAGAGACCCAGACCUAAGGCAAAUGUUUGGUCAUUUUGGCAAAAUCUUAGAUGUGGAAAUCAUCUUCAACGAGCGUGGUUCUAAGGGUUUUGGAUUCGUAACAUUCGAGCGUAGUAUGGACGCCGACAGGGCCAGGGAGAAAUUACACAGCACUGUGGUCGAAGGCCGUAAAAUAGAGGUCAACAAUGCAACAGCUCGAGUAAUGACAAAUAAGAAGACUGUCAACCCAUAUGCAAAUGGCUGGAAGUUGAAUCCAGUGGUCAGUGCUGUCUACAGCCCAGAAUUCUAUGCAGUGCCAGGGUUUCCCUACCCAGCAGCCAGUGCAGCAGCAGCAGCAGCAGCAGCAGCAGCCUACAGAGGAACCCACCUACGAGGUCGAGGACGGACAGUCUUCAAUACAUUCAGGGCGGCUGCGCCACCUCCUCACAUUCCAGGUUACGGAGGUGCUGUUUACCAGGAUGGAUUUUAUGGUGCAGAUAUUUAUGGUGGUUACGCUGCCUACAGAUUUGCCCAGCCUACUGCUGCCACAGCAGCUGCAUACAGUGACAGUUAUGGACGAGUAUAUGCUGCCGAUCCCUACAACAACACACUCACUCCAGCAGCCACAUACAGCGUUGGUGCCAUGAAUGCAUUCACCCCUCUGACAGAUGCCAAAACACGGAGCCAUGUUGACGACGUAGGGCUUGUGCUGUCCUCCCUCCAGGCUAGUAUAUACCGGGGAGGCUACAGCCGCUUUGCUCCCUAUUAGCUACACCUCCCCAACUGAAACAGAACCUUCCAACUGGACAUGAAGAAAGUGUGUGUGUGUGUUUGCGUAAACAGAGGAGUGUGAAUAUAAGACAGACAAUUCUGAGGCCUGGAUAUUGUAAUACAUGCCAUUUAAGCAUAAUUUCAGCAUCUCCUGAGAGAGAGAGUGAGAGACAAAAAUAUAUGAGACGAAAAUGAAAGCUGACAUUUUUCAUCUUAUAACUCAGAUAAUUUGUGCCGUGUAUUUUGAUAUUGUGGGGUUUUCAUUUCGAAAGAUUUCAACAUAGUUUUCAGCUGUAGAAAUUGUGUCCAUGGUACCAAUAGAGUAAAUGUUAGAGUAAAAAUUUAGGACACGGAUGACAUAUUUAUCUGAUACAUAUUGUUGUGUAGAACAGCCCUCUGAAAGAUAAAUAUUGAGUUUACCGGUAGUUUUUUUAAACCAAUUUACCAAUGAAAAGCAUGUGUCUCCAAAUCUUGAAAUAGUUUUUCUUCCAAAAACAAUGAAAAUGAAAUUUAUCCUUAAGUUUGAGGAAAAUAGAAAAUGAACUAAAAUCAUUUAGAGAUUCAAGCUUUUCAUAGCAUAGCAUUGUCAUUUGUUUAAAAGUAUUUAAAGGACUAUUCUUGUCGUGUUUCUUCUCUCUGCAUCCUUUUGCACUUACUAAUUGUGACUGGUGCAUUUUAUUAUGCAGUUUGGGAUAAUGUGAAGAGGUUUUGAGAACAUUGUCAUAUAGAUGGAGCUUUUGUGAACAUUAGCAGGCAGGAUAGCUAAUUAAAACAGCCCAAAGAAGCAACGGAUUGUUAAUUCAUUGACCUCCAUCGUCUCAAGAUCAUGACUUUCAUGUCUCAUUUGUUUUGAGGAAAAACUUUUUUUCCACUGACCUCUACACAUUUCACAGUGCAGUUUGAUUAUAUUAAUCGUAAAAUGUUCCUGCGGUAAUUUUUCGUCAAUUAAAAAAAAAAGAUUUUAUUGUCUUCAGUUUCUUUGGGUUUUUUUUGGUCCAACAAUUAGCUUUUUCAGAGACUCAACAACUUCUCUUUUUUGAGUUCAUUUGGGGUAGUUUGGUCAUAAUCCAAAAUUUAGACGGGGAUGUGGACAGAAGAAAUGCCAGCAAGUAUCAACUUCUGUUGACGAUAGAGACGUGAGAGUAGUUAGCGUCGGAGUUAGUCACGAGGGAAAAAAAAUAGGCGAAUCAGCACAUUUUUAGACUGUAGCUUUAUUGACUAAAUAUGUGGUUUGAUAUCACAGUAAGCCAAAGGUUUCCGUGGACAGAUCAGUGUGUUCAUGCGUUUAGUCACGGAUUCUGUCAAGUAGAAAGCGGGAAAUGACUGUCAUGGCAACCCAAAUAUUUGUUCAUAAAUUAGUGAGAAUCUGUGAGCUAAACUAUGAAAAAAAUGAUUGAAUCAAUAAUUCAUCUGAAGAAUGUGAAUGACGAGCGAAGUCACAAUCCUUCAGAUUCAUUGAGCCUUGUGCUGCACUAAUCCUUUUUUUGUCCUGAGUAGCGAAGGGUAUUGGGGUGUAGAUGUUUAUUUUUUGUUUUUUUCAAUGUUAAUUUUUUAAAUAAGAACUUCCAAUAAAUUCGUUGGUAUAACUGAUCAUUUUUAUCUGUCAGAUCUUCAAAUCUCCAUUCCCUCUCGCUCACUCAGGUCCUCAUCCUCCCUCCACCUUUUUCUACCCUCUGCCCGUCUCAGUACAAUGGGGUGCAGAGCCUUCAGUCGCUCUGCCCCCAAACUCUGGAACUCACUUCCUCCCAACAUUCGUAAUAUUGACUCUCUUUCCUUAUUCAAAACCCAGCUCAAAACCCACCUAUUCAGACUUGCCUACCCGCCUUAAAUCCUUUCUUUCUUUAUUAUUUUAUCUGUGUUUUACCAUUGGUCUUGGCUGUACAGUGUCCUUGAGUGUUGUGGAAGGCGCUUACAAAUGUCAUUUAUUAUUAUUAUUUAUAUUGCUGGAAAAUGUUUUAGUAUAUAUUGCACUGUAUUUGAUCAUCUUUGAAAAAUGUUCAUUUGCUUUUUUUUCCAUCCAGUAAUUACAAACUAAUGGAGGUAAAGAUAUAAUACCCAAACAACAUAUGAUAUUUGAACUGUGCAGCGAAGAUUUUAUCUUAUAUGAAAUACAUAAUGGUAUAGUGUUUUAGAUUUAGGCAAUUAGAUCGGUUGCUAGGAAAAGCCAGCUCCUUUUCUAUCAAGUCACGUUCCGAUUUCUAGCAAGUCUUUACAAAUAAAUACAUUGUAGUUAUACGAUAUGUGUGCACAUUUGUUUAUGCUGUCAAAUGUACCAUUUUGCACACGUAACUUGUAAUUUCCACAUAAAUCUGAGACAUAUCAGUGCUGUAGGUGUACAUUUUUUCUCUUUUUUUGUUUUUAAUUCAGUUGAUUUUGCUCUUAAGUUAUACUUAGCGUGACCUAGCUUACUUUUCUAGACUAUCAACCUUUACUCUUUGGGAAAAGAUGAUACAAUGAUAUACAUGUGAAAAAAUAAAUCAUUUAUGAACAAGCUCAUGAAUGAUGUACAUAGACGUCCACGGAAUCAUAAUCUAUAAUGUCGAUGAACGAUGCUACUUGGGGAAAAGGGAGCUUGGCCGCAGCUGUAUUGUGAGCCGGUCUACAAGCCACUCUUUCCACCACGUGCUGUUUACAAACAUUCCCAAUUAGUGCUGUUGUUCCACACAUAUCUUCCCUUUUAUAUCUUCUCACAAAUCAGAACCCGCGGAUGCGCCACAUUCAAGGUGGCGUAAAAAUCAUCAGGGCGGUUUGGUGCUGCUGGUUCAAAUCUGUACGUUCCGAAUGACCACGUAUAAUAUGCUCAGAGACAGGAUGACUCGAAAGGUUUUCACUCUGCUGAAUGUCUGAUUCUGUAACUACUUUAUCCAAGUGCUGCUUCCAGUAGGUGUUGUGGUUCAAACCAAGGCUUCCUGCACUGUCAUUGUAUGUGCAUGUAUUAUGGUUCUUCCACUUGUCAAUAACCAUCAAUAAAGUUUGGUUUUCUCAA